AUGGCUGGGAACGCAGGUCGGCGAGCUCGCCAUAUGCGCGGCUGUGGCAGAUUCUACAUGGACCGCCGCGGACUCGUACGAGUGUUGAGCGAUAUAAAGGAUGGCGAUGAAUCUGAUAAUUCAGAUGACGAAAGCCUGAGACCUAGGAACAGUAUCACGACUGAUGAGGGUUCUUUCAAAGGUCGCUCGAGUUCGAAGACCAAAUCCAGAGACGACAGCGUCGUCAGUCUACUCAAAAACUGGGCACCAUACACCUCCAAAUCAGGCCAGGCAGACGAUACACAAUGGCCGGCAGCUCCUCCAGUCAGCCUUGACUCGCUCAGCACAGUCCGCAAUUCUCGACAGGAAUCCUUCAUCCCACCUCCACGAUCCCGCAUACACGUUCCAAGCAGAUUCCGAAGGUACACCAACCGCAUCCGCAGGGAACCCGUAGCACCUAGUCCGUCCGUGGUGACCGCCGAUGCUAUCAAGAGGGUACCUCGUAUGGUCAUGGUCAAACAAGCCUUUUAUCUCAAUUUCAUGCUCGAGGCACGGGCACGCGACCCGCCCAGACACGGAGGAUCUCUCAGACACCCAUCUCCUGUGAUCGAGCCGCGUGAUCCUGACGGCGUGGUUUCGCAACACUGCGCUGAUCUUCACCAUGCUCUUUUGCCGCUUGAAGGGUGGGAGAGAGAUGAACUGGUCGAGGAAUGUCGAGCGGCUGAAGAGCGAGAUGUUGAACGAGACCUAGAGAUGGAAUUACUCAGCAUCUUCAGCCCCGACGCGCUGUUCGAAGUCAGCGAUGCCGAUGAAGUUGCUCUCCUACAGCCCGAACAGUCCGGUGUCGAUGGCAGCAAUGAGGAUGGGGAGGUUACGCGUUGCGGGGAGGAGAAAUCUCUCCGCGAUCUCAUGCGGGAAUCUUCUUGCUACACGUUCAUGCGUAAUCUGGGUGCUGGGGUGAAGAACAAGGUACGCAAGUGGAGGAGAUGA